AGGGCGGCCACAAAAUGGCGGCGGCGCUGGCUGCGGCCGUGGCGGCGGCGCUGGGAGCGCUGCUGCUGGCACCGGGCAGCACGGAGCCGCCCGGGGACGGCCACGCUGCCGCUGCCUCCUCCUCCUCACGGUGGGGGGCUGCGGAGCGGUGGAGGCCUCCGGGGGUCAGGAUGGAUCAAGCCCUGUUGCUGGUCCGCAACGAGCUGCCCGAGCAGGGCCUCCUGCUCGCCCGCUGCGGUGCCUGCCACAGGUGCUCCUACCAGCUCCUGGCCGACAUCCCACCGAGAGACAGGGGCCUGGGCAAAGCAGUGGUGGUGGACACGCAGCACCCGCUCAGCCUGCUGCUCAACGGCUCCCUGGCUGGCAGCGAGCUCUGCAAGAUUCAGUAUCACUUUGGAGAAUUUGGCAAUUAUUCCCUGGUGAUAAAGACCCUAAGCACGAGCACCAAAACAGUUUCUUGUGAUAUAGUCAUCAAUGAAGGCCCCAUCAACAGUUACCUCCCUAUUCUCUUUGCUUUCCUGGUCUAUAUGGGGAUCCUUGCUAUCCUGAUCAUCUGGCGCCUUGUUAUGAAAAUUGAUCCAGUCAGAAACUGGGUUUACAAGAAACUGAACCCUAGGGAAACUGAUCGUCUCAUUAAUUCUGAACUGGGAUCCCCGAACACAACGGACUCCAUUAGCAGUGAUCCUGCCCCGCGUUUGUGGAGUGUGACCUCUCGCCAGCGCCUGCGUUCCCUGGACACAUUCCGAGGGCUCUCUCUUAUAAUUAUGGUGUUUGUGAACUACGGAGGAGGAAAAUACUGGUUCUUCAAACACGAGAGUUGGAAUGGAUUAACAGUGGCAGAUCUGGUUUUUCCAUGGUUUGUGUUCAUUAUGGGCACGUCGAUAUCACUGUCACUGAGCUCCAUGCUGAGGUGGGGAAGUUCCAAGCAGAAGGUGCUGGGGAAAAUCCUCUGGAGGAGUUUUCUGCUAAUCCUGCUGGGAGUCAUAGUUGUGAAUCCCAAUUACUGCCUUGGGCCACUGUCCUGGGAAAAUCUGCGCAUCCCUGGGGUGCUCCAGCGGCUGGGACUGACGUACCUGGUGGUUGCUGCUCUCGAACUCCUGUUUACAAGGGCUGGGGCUGACAGUGGGACCUUGGAGAUGUCAUGUCCUGCUCUGCAGGAUAUUCUUCCCUACUGGCCCCAGUGGAUUUUCAUUCUGAUGUUAGAAGUGAUUUGGCUCUGCCUGACCUUUUUGUUACCCGUGCCAGGCUGUCCCAGGGGCUAUCUUGGUCCUGGGGGCAUCGGAGAUUUUGGAAACUACCCUAACUGCACUGGAGGAGCAGCUGGUUACAUUGAUCGUCUGAUUCUUGGAGAAAACCAUAUAUAUCAGCAUCCCUCUUCUAGUGUGAUUUACCAAACAACAAUGCCAUAUGAUCCCGAAGGGAUCCUGGGGACCAUAAAUACCAUUCUUAUGGCGUUUCUGGGACUGCAGGCUGGAAAAAUUAUCUUGUCCUACAGAGACCAGCACAAACAGAUUCUGUGUCGGUUCUUUAUAUGGAGCAUAGUAAUGGGAAUUAUUUCCGCUAUCUUGACAAAAUGUUCUAAAGAAGAAGGGUUUAUUCCCAUAAACAAGAACUUAUGGUCAACGUCAUAUGUGACAACCAUGAGCUGCUUCGCCUUCAUCCUCUUAUUACUGAUAUAUUACCUUGUGGAUGUCAAGAGACUGUGGUCGGGUGCUCCAUUUUUCUACCCAGGAAUGAACUCCAUCCUGGUCUACAUCGGACAUGAAGUGUUUGAAGACUACUUCCCUUUCAAGUGGAAGAUGCGAGACAGCCAAUCCCACGCGGAACACCUGACUCAAAACCUCAUCGCAACAACUCUUUGGGUCAUAAUAUCAUACGUACUUUACAGGAAAAGGAUAUUCUGGAAAAUCUGAUGGAGGUGGUCAGGGGAAAGCCUGAAAUGUUGCCACUUCUGCUGGGCUAUAUUACUAAAAAGGGAUCAGAGUUCAAGUUUACAUUUCCAUGGACGUUAUGAUCAGGACUUUUAUGUGACUUAAAGGACCACAUUUUAGUAUUUAGCUAAAACUUACUAAUCUGCGGCGGUUGCUCUGUUUACUGUAUUUUGUAAUUAUUUUACUGAUCUCCCUCUUUUGUACAGAGAAAUUGAAUAUAUUACAAUAGCUGGGUAUUUAAAGAAAGCCUGAUGGCACUCAUGAAAGGAACUGCAAGGGAUCUGGGUGGUGACUGCAAGGGAUUAUGAGAAGGGACUGUAGCAGUCAUUACCAAAAGUAAUGGCACCCAAAGAGAGCAUUGUGCUGUAGGCAUUCCUUUGUGCUGUCGUUUGGUCUGGGAUCAAAAGCCAAAGCCUGCUGCCAGAGAUCUCUUGUAAUGGGUUAUUAAGUGGCAUGCUGCUGCUACAGGUUUAGCAGUCCGUCUAUGCCUGUUCUGGGCCUUUGUGUUACGUAUCUCUAGCGUGAAUGAGGUCUGAGUUUCAUGUGCUACACUUCUGAGAGUGCAGAAAGACCACUUCCUAUGCCCUUUAUAUAAUCAGUUGGAUAUUAACCAAGUUCACUUGGCUAAAAACUCUGUAAGUGGAGUUAGGGGAGGGUUCUGAAUCUAAAAACCAGCAAUAUAGGUAGAACUUGGCCAAAAAGGAAGAGGUAACAGACUGGUUGAAUGCAAUGCAAGAUAACAACAGAUCUUGGAAACUCAGGAAAUUAAUUUAUGCUGUGUCUUCCAAGCUGCCAAUAAAAAGCCUGAAAUA